AUGUUUAACCCAUACAUAUUAGAUAUUCCAGUCAUAAUUUUUGACAAUGGAUCGGGACUCUGCAAAGCAGGCCUCUCUGGAGAGACUGUACCCCAUCAUGUCAUCAAUUCUGUUGUGGGGCAUCCUCAAUUUAAUGUGUCUUUAUCAGAACCCUAUCAGAAACAGUACUUUGUGGGAGGGAAAGCCUUGUACAUGUAUGAGGACUUGCAUUUGCACUACCCCAUUGAGCGUGAACUGGUGACGGAAUGGGAUGACAUGGAGAAACUCUGGAAGUAUCUUUUUGAGUGGAAGCUGGGAGUAAAAUCCUAUCAACAGCCUGUACUCAUGACAGAGCCCUAUUUGAACCCAAGAGAGACUUGAGAGAAGAUGGCAGAAGUAAUGUUUAAGACCUUUAGUGUGCCUGCCUUUUACUUGUCCAACCAUGCAGUGGUAGCACUCUAUGCCUCUGCCUCUGUCACGGGACUUGUGAUGGACAGUGGGGAAGGGGUAACUUGCACUGUCCCUAUCUUUGAGGGUUACCCCCUGCCUCAUGCUGUCACCAAGCUGUAUGUGGCAGGCAGGGACAUCACAGAGCGCCUCACCCAGCUGCUCCUUUCUAGUGGGAGAAACUUCCCUUGCACACUCAAGAAGGCCUUAGUGAAUGGCAUCAAAAAGAAGCUGUGCUAUGUGGCCUUGGAGCCAAAAAAAGAGCUACAUAUGAGGCCACAGGAGGUCUUGAGAUAAUAUAAAUUGCCAGAUGGGAAUGUCAUCUAUAUUGGUGACCUGCUGUGUCAGGUGCCUGAAAUUCUUUUUGCACCUGACCAGCUGGGCAUCCACAGCCCAGGACUCUCAGAAAUGGUCACCAACAGCAUUAUGAAGUGUGACACAGAUAUCCAGAAGAAUCUAUUUGCAGAAAUUGUACUGUCUGGGUGCACCACUCUCUUCCCUGGGCUUGAGGAAAGACUUAUGAAAGAACUGGAACAACUGGCUUCCAGAGUAACUCCCAUCAAGAUCACAGCUUCUCCUGAUAGGUGUUUCUCUGCAUGGAUAGGUGCUUCCAUCGUGACCUUCCUGAGCAGUUUCAAGCAGAUGUGGAUCACAUCUUCAGAUUUCAUGGAGUUUGGGACAUAUGUUUUUCAGAGAAGAUGCUUUUAA